AUGGGAGACAUGGCACCUCCCAAAGAAGCCUUUCCGAAGGGGAGUUCCACCCGGAAGGCCCAGGACGUAUCCAACAACCUCUGGUCCCUUGUUCAGCUGCGCAGCCAUACCUCGGAAGAGCAACUUCGGUCUGCUAUCAAAGCGGUGGUGGGCCAGCUGCGCCGCACGGUGGGCUCCAUGAAGGCUCAAGAGUUGACGAACAGCCUCUGGUCUUUGGCGCAGCUGAAGGAGGCUGCGUCCACGGCGAAGUCUCACCGAGCCUUGGUGGCCUUGGCCAACCGCAUUGCGCAAAAACCCGGCGGAAUGAUCCCCCAGGCACUGGCCAACUGUCUCUGGGCCUGUGCGGAGCUCCUGGAUGCUCUGCCCAACACCACGAGUGCUGCGAGCGUGCGACGGGCCAUCCAGGAGGCUGUCCCUCCCUUGGCCUGCCGUGCAGCUGCUGCAGCUGGGAAGAUGAGGCCGCAGGAGCUGAGCAACUGCCUCUGGGCGGCCGCGCAGAUGCAACAGAGCGUUCCAGAAGUGUUGGUACCAGUGAGGGCCGUGGCUGAGAGCAUCGCGCAAAGUGCCAGUGAGAUGAAAGAACAGGAGUUGAUCAACAGUCUUUGGGCAGCUACAUGCUUGGCGGACACGGUGCCAGAGGUGAGGAGAGCCGUGCCGGCCAUAUCGCAGUACUUGCCAUCGAAGGUUAUUGAACUGAUCUCCGAGGGCAGAGCAGCACUUGGGGCGGCAUGA